GCAUCUUGUAUGUCUUGUAGCAAACCCUAAAGUCUACUUCUUCAGCCUUUAAUUUGUAGUCUCUUGGAAGUGCUUUACUGUGACAAAUAAAGGGAAAAACAGUGGAUCGUAGGCAUGGGAAGAGGCCCCUUCCGUUCGAUGAAUCGGAGGAAAAAGAGGAAGUAGAACUGUGCCGCGUCUACUCUGCUAGAUCCCAACGCGACACAUCUGCUAUGGUUUCUGCUCUCUCUCAAGUUAUUGGGAACUCAGGCAAGGAUCCAGAAGUUCCUACAGUACAUGGAAAUCUUCCAUUACCGCUGCCUGAAUAUUCAAGUGGACAAGAGCAAGCCGAACCUCAACCAGCAGUUCAACAAGAAGGGAGUCCAGACCUGCAAAGGAGAAGACACUAUAGAGGCGUCCGGCAGCGGCCUUGGGGUAAGUGGGCUGCCGAAAUCCGGGAUCCAAAUAAGGCUGCAAGAGUCUGGCUUGGAACCUUUGACACUGCAGAGGCUGCUGCUCAUGCUUAUGAUGAAGCAGCGCUAAGAUUUAAAGGUAACAAAGCUAAGCUCAAUUUUCCUGAAAGAGUGCAAGGAAAAAACGCGUCUGGUUACUUAACAACACGUCAAGAUUUGCCAGUAGUUUCUGAGUCGGCUACUCAAACGUAUCGGCCUCUUUCUCAAGAAAACCGCUUCAAUGUCCAGAACUAUGCAGAAUUUCUCCGUAGAGGAGAUAACAGUAAUUUGAACUAUGGUGUCUCAGGGUUUUAUUAUCAUGGUUACGGUGGAAAUUUUGUUUCUCAAUCUUCAUCAAAUACAACAAGGACACCUUCUGUACUGCCAACUCAACAACAUCACCACCAGCAACAAGAGCAAGAAGUUUUGAGAUUUCAAUCACAAUUUGAAACUUCUAGCACCGGUUCUAUGAAAAAUGGGGAAGAAUUUGACAGCACAGGUCAUUCAAAAAGGUAAUUUUUACAUGUUCCAAUAAGAGGGAUAAGAUGAAGAUUCAUGAUUAGAUGAAAAAAUUAUAGUUUGUUGUAAGUUUUUUUCUAAAGUUCGACGUUUAAGCCAGCACUUUUUCUCUCGUCUAAUUUAAAAGUUUUCAAGAACUCAAUGUAUUGAAAGAACGGGACAUUUUUCAUCA